CUGCUGAGUGCUCACAACUUAGUACUCAUAUGAAUUACAAUUUUUCUAGUGUGUAUUUUAGUUGUAUAUAUUCUAUAUACGUGAAUUCGUUUAUUUUAUUUUAAUUAAAAUUAAGGACUAAAUGCUUUUUUAUAACUCAUUUAUCUCAUAGUUGAUUCUAUGAGGUGUUCGCAAUGCAGAGCUGCCAUUAUCGUAUCGUUUUGUAAACGCUAUGUCGAUAGAGUACGUGUUGGUAAGCGAGGGCGAACAAGAUGAGCCCAUUGAGCUGCCAACUGAGGAAGACGGAUCCUUGUUACUGAGCACCAUCGCAGGCCAGUAUGCAGACGCCAGCGGCCUCAAGUAUAGAUCUGGUGGCAGGUUGAGAGGAUUGCGGCUCGUCGAGGAUCGCGUGCUGCCACCCGCCGAGGGUUGGUCGGCUUAUCGCUAUUUCUGCGCGUUCCCUCGCUCUGACAUAUUAAGUGAGUCGCCCCGUCCUCGAUGCUCCGACCUUAUUGUUCUCGGGUUACCAUGGAAGACAGGAGAGGACACUGUACGAGAAUACUUCGCAGCGUUCGGUGAUCUACUGAUGGUUCAAGUCAAGAGAGACAUGAAGACGGGUCUAUCAAAAGGAUUCGGUUUUAUUAAGUUUGCAGACUAUGAAGCUCAAUUGAUAGCCCUCGGAAGAAGGCAUAUGAUUGAUGGUCGCUGGUGUGAUGUGCGCAUACCCAAUAGUAAGGAUGGUGGAUCUGUAGCACACCGCAAAGUUUUUGUGGGCCGGUGUACAGAGAGCCUAUCUGCAGAUGACCUCAGGGAAUAUUUUGGUGCAUUUGGCCAAGUGACUGAUGUGUUUGUUCCAAAACCGUUUCGUGCUUUUAGCUUUGUCACUUUUUUAGACCCGGAAGUUGCACAGUCAUUGUGUGGCCAAGAUCAUAUUAUCAAGGGGGUGUCUGUCAAUAUAUCAACAGCAUCCCCCAAACAAGACCGCAGUGCAAGAUCCCAGCUGUUGGGCUGGGGUUUGUUAGACAACGGAGCGCCUAGAGUGUACAGUUGGCCUCCUGAUGCGUGGCAGCACUCUGCACACUCGGCACACACACACACAGCCCCUAUACCUGAUACAAAGCCCUACCUCAAAUAUGAUUGAUGCUAUUGCAAUGUGUUGAUGAUUCAAAUUUUAUACAGAAGUAAUGUGUAAAUAAUAUAGUAUAAUUUAUUUAUUGGUAUUUUUAACUUAUACAAUUUACUUAAUCACUAGAGCUCUAAUUUAAAGAAAUGUUAUAUGAUUAUAUUAUGUAGGUAAAUUAUGAAUAGAGUAAUUGUGCCUUGUUUCAAACCAAAUUAGAAAUUCCUUUGGUGAAUGUUCAUGUCUGUUCUGUCUAACUAAAGCAUUAGCAAUAAUAUGUGGAACUAAUUAUUGUAGAAGUAACACAAAUUAUUUUGUUUUUAUUUAAAUAAAGCUGGCUAAUAAGUUGGACUUUGUCAAUGUUUUUGAAUCUAUGGCAUAUUUCAGGUUUAUAAUUCAAUUAUUUACUGAUUAUGAUUUAUAACAGCUCCCCAUCAUUUGUGUAUUUAAUUAUAUAUAGCAUAGCAAUUUCCAGAGGAUGUUUAGAUGUUUGGUGGUACUGAAUCUUGCAUUAAGACACAAGGCAGUGUGUCAGCCGAGUGUGCUAAGCAGUGAUGCAUCGGCCAGAACUUAAACAUACACUUGAAAGGUUUUUGUAUCUUUUUGAUAAAAAAAUAUAAACUUAUAUGACAUAUUCA